GGGGGAUGCACACACUCCGAACACCCCCUGGCCCUUCGUUUCCGAUAGGUUUGCAGCCAGGAAUGCGCUCUCCCGGGUCGCUCGGGGUUAUCUAGCACCGAGGGCGGCCCGGAGCUGGUGGCUGGAUGCAGCGUCCUAACGUCCCCUGACAAGGGUUUGGAAAAGGAAGGGCAAGGGCUGUGUUGAGCCCAUGGCACGGGGGUGUUCUGAAAAGCGCUCAGCUCGGCAAGAGCUGUGCUGCAGUUUCUGCUCGGCUCUUGGGACGUUUGCAUUUUGCUUUGGUUCUGCUGGGUCGCGCAGAUGCUGCUCAGGUGUCCUGCUCGGUUUGUUCAGCUGUGCGUGGCUGGUGGUAUUUUUGGGCAGGGGAAGUGAAAUCUGGGAGCCUUCAGUUAGCAUCUCUGCUGCGCGCAGAGAGGGGCUUCGAGCAAAAGCAGAAGUUUCUGAUUUUGGCUUUGUGGCAAGCAUCGGUUGAACGAGCUCUGAGAAGGGAGGAAACAAAGUUGAGCAGGGCCCCCUGUAAUUGGUGGGGAAAGCUUUUUGACUUGGAAGGAAUAGAAGUGCUGCUCUGAGCAGCGUCAGACCCCUGGACCAGCCGGUGGCAUCGCUCAGCAGCACCGCGUCUCCGCACCCUGCCCAGGAAUGUCAGCUGCGGGGUGAGCGAGCAGAUCGUGCUUCGUUCCAUAGCAGGCUGCUGCCAGCUGGCUCCUGCUGAAGGGCAGCAGAUCCAGGUACAUGUUCCAUCCUCAGAUCGGACUCCAUUGUGAGGGUAGGCAGACCAGGCAGGCCAAAGCUGUUUCCCGGGUGAAGGUAAGGCACAGGUUGCACGGAGUGUGCACUCGUGCCAGAGCUCCUUCCUUUUAUUCUUCUCUUAUUUUGGGUUUAACGUCUUUGCCCUGGUCAGAAAUGACCCGUGCUUGUUUUUACCUAGGGCAAGGGAAACUGUGUCCUCACGCCUCGUUCCUGGCUGGUUUAGUCCAGUCAUCAGUGCUGUACUUUUGUCACCCUAGAACUCAUCCAUUGUUUGUCCACCUUGGUCAAUGUUACAGCUUCAAAGGCAGCGCACUGAGCCCAGCUACAGCAACCUCACUGACUGAUGUUUGUUUUGUAGUGACUGUUAUGCUGGAGGAAGGCGUUCCCUGGACAGUCCUGGAGUCAGAAGUGCUGUAUUUCUAGAGCAGGUUGCCUUGCUCCCGUGGCCGUCCAUCCUGCUGCAAUGAGCGGGAAGUCCUUGCUCUUAAAGGUCAUUCUGCUCGGAGAUGGUGGAGUUGGGAAAAGUUCCCUCAUGAACCGAUACGUCACCAACAAGUUUGACUCGCAGGCUUUCCACACGAUUGGUGUGGAGUUCUUAAACCGGGACCUGGAGGUAGAUGGCCGUUUUGUGACCCUCCAGAUCUGGGACACUGCGGGCCAGGAGAGAUUCAAGAGCCUGCGCACCCCCUUCUACAGGGGAGCUGACUGCUGCCUGCUGACCUUCAGCGUGGAUGACCGGCAAAGCUUUGAGAACCUCAGCAACUGGCAGAAGGAGUUUGUCUAUUACGCUGAUGUGAAGGACCCCGAACGCUUCCCCUUUGUCGUUCUGGGCAACAAGAUUGACAAACUCGAAAGGCAGGUGAGCACGGAGGAGGCCCAGGCCUGGUGCAUGGAAAACGGCAACUAUCCGUACCUGGAGACCAGCGCCAAGGAUGACACCAACGUGGCCGUGGCCUUUGAGGAAGCUGUGCGCCAGGUGCUGGCGGUGGAGGAGCAGCUGGAGCACUGCAUGCUGGGCCACACCAUCGACCUGCACUCCAGCUCCAAAUCGGGCUCCUCCUGUUGUUAAGGGCGGCUGCUGCGUUGGGGACGUCGCUGGAACCGCCGGCUGGAUCGCAGGAGGAGCGGGGGCACUCUGAGGAGGGUGGCCACGAGGACGGUGGGUGGUUUGCUCACUGGGGAGUUGCAGCUUUACCAUCCGAAUUCUGGCUGGAGUUUUCAGACGUGGAAGAUGUAUCUACAGGAGGGAGCUGUGAGAGAGCGUGUGAAUGCAGUCCUGCUCCCGUCCCUGCCUGUUUUUGCAGGUUUAAAGGACGGGGUCAAACUAAAGACAGUGAAUUCUGAUCUGUAGCAAGAACUGUGUGCAGAACAAAGCUGGGGCCGCUCCAGACGCUCUUUGAAGUGUUUUAGUCCUGAACUCAAAAACUACUAGACCCACUAAACUCAUGGCCUUACUGCCAAAGCCAAGUCUGCUCGGCAGAGUGAGUGAAACCUGCUGGGAAGACCCUAGCCCAUGCAGCUGUGAGAGUGCCAGAUCCUGGAGUGGCUGAGAUGCGUGUAUCUGCUGCUCGGGUUCAGUGCAUUCUGUGCUGAGUAAUGCUAGAACUCUGAUAUCAAGUAACAUAAUGAAGGAGAGAAGAAACUGAAUGCUGCAGCGUCAUUUCUUCGUAGCUGUCUGUUUCUGGUCUGUUUUUCCCCACCUCUAACUUCUCUUUGUUUGGGUGUUGUUUUGUGGAGAGACCGGCUGCUGCUUAUUUCCCCAUCCCUUCUGGAGGCUCGACACCAGAUCUUGUGUCUCACACCUUGAGUAGUCCUGGAUGAAAUGUUCCAGCAUGGCCACUCUGCAGGUCACAGCGUAGGAUUCGAGUUACCCGCGAGUUCAGGAGACCUGGAGCGUGAACCUUCAGCUGCUUCCUGUCAGAAGUGAUGGCCGUGUCCAGGUGAUGUGCCCUGGUAUUCUGGAUGGCAGGGGGGUGGGAUGUCCCCCAGGCGUGCAGGGCUGAGGGAGCCAUGCAUGGUCAGCUGUUCAAUGCACUCGUUCUGUGCACGGUGACCACUGCGCUUCGUUCACUGCUGGCUCAGUGUCCUCAGUCGCUGGAACACGAGUGUUCCUGUUUGAUUGCUGCAACAUAAAACCACUCCCCACUCUUACCUGUUGUGUCAGGGACUGUGCUGCUCAGCACACUUUACUCACACCACUGCCCUGGCCCUUACUCCCUAACAGGGAAUCCAGUAUGUUUUAUCUGUAACUCAGCUAGCAUACUGCUGCUAGAGAAUGUCCACUCGGUCAACUGACCCUUGUCAAUGAGCAGCUGUGCUCAUUCCGCUGGGGAGAGAUUUGGACUGAUUCUCUCUUCUGCUCAUGGGGCUGAAAAACGGUAUGGGAGGGCAGGGAGCCCUCCAGGAAAGGAUGCCAAGCUUUGCUGAUCCCAGCUCCUGCUCCCUGCUAGGUGUUAGUCCCGAGCUAUUUGUGUGUAGCAAAGAGGUCAGUGCUUGCUGGCUUGCCAUUGUAACCUCAUGUUCUGCGACUUCCUGUGCAAGUGCUUGUCCGAAACGAUGACUUUGCCUGUAAGCACGUAGGAGCCCGUCACGGGGAGAGCUUCCCGUGUGCUGCUAGCUGCUGAGUGCAGUGCCCACUGUGAUGAGCUACUGGAUAGCAAAUUGUGUAGCUCAAAUCGAGCAGCCCUCGUAUACUCAGUGCUUUAGAGCAGGGCAGUCUCUGCUCUCACACUGGCUGAUGGCAGCUAAACCCCAUCCCCUGGCAGUCUCUGAGCUUGCAGGAUGUCUCCUCUGGGUACUCAGGGUGAUCCUGCUCUUCUGUGUGGGGCAGCCGCACGUGAGAGGGGCUGAGGCUUUCAUACAAAGUCCUUUGGGAGGGUCUGGUUUCAAAACGGGGCUGAAGACGCACAAAACAUUCACAGAAAUAGAUAGCAAAUCCUUGCAGCUCCUAGAAAAUCAGGUCCCUUGAGGUAUAAGGGAAAGCUCUGCCUCCACAGCUGCAACAUGCUUUUAGAAACGAGUACGAUUUAUUUCACAAAGCCUGACCUCCUCAGGCCUCUGGGUUUUCCUUCAGUUCCACUCAGCUUAACGUUUCCUUCAGGAUCCCAAGCUGUGAUCCUGCACGGAGCUGCUUCUCACACAGCCCAGCCAGGCUCAGGCUCAGGCUCCCUCUCACUGCCAGCCCCACCUGGGGGCUGCAGGGGCAGCUCGGAUCUGUGAUCUCUGUGAGUACUGGCGCCUCCAGUGGGAGAAGGCAGGGACACUGUGCCCCACACCUUGGGGACAUGUCAUGCUGAUGGCUGAAGCUCAAGAACCCGCUGGUUCCCGAGCUGUGCACGAUGCAUUCCCCCGAGGGCGUUGCACAUCUGCGUUAUUUCUAACAGAUGUUGGCUUGACUUUUUUUUUUUUUUUUAAAUAACCCUAUUUUAUUAGGCUUACGUGUUUUUUAAAAAUCCAUUGGAAGGUAGAGUAUAAUAUAUUGAAGCUGUUGAAGUGACUGUGAGAGGUGCGCACAAUUGCUGAAGGAGCCAGGUUCUUGGAGUCUCUGUUGCAAAGUUCUGCGCCAACAGCCGUCCUUGCCCUGCGUCCACCCGUGCUGCUGCAGUUGUUGCUAUUGCUACAAAACUGGAAUUGUAACACUGAGAUUCUACCUUUAUUUAAGCGAAUAAAACCUGGGUGUAUUCAAGUGAA